ACGACGGCCGGCUAGUCCUCGUUGACACGACGCACGCUCAAGAGCUUCGACCUUAACGGGAAAGAUUUCACCUAGCCAUCUGUCGGUGCCUACGAAAGUGAAUGAGCAAGGAUAAAGUCGGAGGUUUCGUUCGACUUUAGAGAGAGAUUGGAGGAUACGUUUCCUCCCGCAAUCGCUUUCACUUUUCCUGGGCCAAGUAGGUAAUUAUGGUGAAUACAGAUCAUUCAAGAAUCGUUAAAAGCUUUGGAUUUUGGACGAUCUAGUGUUGGUAAACAAUAGCAAAAAGGACGUAUAACUCUUAAGACUAUAAUUAAAACAGAUGUUGAAUAUUUGAAAAAAUUUUGAUCAAGUAAUCCAGCUUUUAUCGUUCUCUGAAUGAUUAUUGGAAGAAACAUGUCAGUUUUGUGUCGACCGAAAAAAUGUUAAUAAGAGUGCCAUAAUCUGUAUCAUGAUUUGUGAAGAGGUGGGAAGUGAUUAUGGAAAUUCACUAUGAAAUUUAGUUCUGUACAUUGAAUGGAUUUCAUAAGAGAGCAAACAUUGGAUGGAAGUGGAUACAUCUAAUAUCCAACUUAAACUUGCGAUUAUUUAAAUCGAUGACAUGAUCGAUUGACAUAAAUUAAAUCCUCGCAUAAUUUCACAGUAACAAAGAUUUUAGACAUUUUAAAUCAAAGGCACAAGCUAUUAUUUAGGUUUUAUAAACAUUGCUCUGGAACUGAUGAACUUCUCAAGCAGUGCGUGAUGUUGUUCGAAAUGCACUUCACAGUGAAAGACACGUGUGUCAAAGAGUUUUGUCGCGCGAUCAUCGAGCUUUAGUGCAUCUGCAGAGUCAUUUUUGCAAAAUCUCGUGAUCCAAUUCGAAGCAGUCUCCGGGAAGAGUCCUCCGAAAACGAGUUUCCGACAAUGGAUUCUCAGCAGCUCGUCGACACGGCCUCGCAGAACAGUCAAGACAUUGUUUUACCAAAACCCGCUAGCAGUACACCGCGACAUAGCAUUGAUGCGAUUCUUGGAUUGGCUAGCCAUAAAAGGACUCAUCAGGAAAUGGAAGACACAAGUCGCGACACGCAGGAAAAUACGGGUGAGAACAGCUGCAACUCCACCGGCGGCGGCAGCGACGAGGAACUCGGCGCGGGCUGCGGGGAGGACAUAAACGGCAACGGGGGCAAGAAGAAGCACCGUCGCAACCGGACAACCUUCACGACCUAUCAGCUGCACGAGCUCGAAAGAGCGUUCGAGAAGUCCCACUACCCGGACGUCUACUCCAGGGAGGAGCUCGCCAUGAAGGUCAACCUUCCGGAAGUUCGUGUUCAGGAGAAUGAAAAGUUAAGCCUGUGCAGGAAGCUCAGGGGUGGCGUGCAGACAAUGGGCCCUGGCUUUAAAAUCUCUACGGCAAACAAAUGGGAAAGCCCGGCUCAAAACGUAAUUGAGAUAUUGAGAUCUGAUUAA